AUGAACUACGCGGUAGCGUGCAAUUUUAUUUGUGCAUGCACAUUUUUGGAUAGACAGUACGGCACUGAGAGGUACCGGCCGUAUUGCGUGGGUAGGGAACAGCACGUGCACCUGGCACGUGCACCAUACUUGAUGUGCUCACUGGUACGGGUGCGUAAAUAUGCUACGGUACGCUAAAGCGUGGUCUAUCACACGAUAAAAAUUUUUAAUUUUGACGUUUUACCACGUAACUGAUAGCAAAGAAAAAAUGGUUGGUGAAGAUACGUAAACAUGGGAGUAGUGCGAUGCGAUGAAAGGAAACAGAACAGCACAUCUAAUAAUUCGCUAUUAUAUCGCAGUGUUCUAAUAUAUCGGAAUGAUGAGCAGAGCGGUGCAAGGAAAGAAACAAAAUUUAAUGAAUCAUACGUAAUUGAGGCA